AUGGCUGCAGAGAGUGGAAGAGCAGAUGACAGUACUGUUGUAAUUAAUGUUGAAUCACUGGUAUCUUCUCUGAAAGUUGAAUUGAUGAAUGCUCGUCUGUCCAUGCCACCAAGCUAUUGCAUCUUCAAAACGCCAAGCAUACUCUUCAGGCACAGAGAAAGCUCAUUUCUCCCCAAUUGCUUUUCCUUUGGUCCAAUGCAUCAUGGCAGAAAAAAAUUGUUAGCCACAGAAAAAAUCAAAAUCAAGUACUUGAAAGGUCUCCUGUCCAGAGUAGUUACAAAUCGAUCAGAGGCAAUGUCCGACGAAGCCAUGGAGAAUAUUUUAACUGGUUUGGUUAAUGCUGUCAAGUUGAUUGAGAAACAGGCUAGUGCUUGCUAUGCAGGACAUGAUUAUGCAGGUGAUGAAUUCGUAAAAACAAUGGUGCUUGAUGGUGUCUUCAUUAUUGAGCUAUUCCGAAAGGACGCUGAAGAGAUCACCAAAGAGCAGGAUGACCCAAUUUUCUCCAUGUCUUGUAUGCUCCAAUUUCUGCACCAUGACUUGAUUUUGCUAGAAAACCAAAUACCCUGGUUAGUACUUCAAACCUUGUUUGAACUAACCAAGCUCCCUUCUGAAACCAAGUCCCUAAUUGAACUGGCCCUUCUUUUCUUUGCUAACACGUUCACGUCUUAUCCACCUGGUAUAGAAACAAGUCUCUUCAACGGCAAAGAUAUCAAGCAUAUUCUUGAUUUGUUAAGGUUAUCCUUGGUGUUACCAUCCGAAGAAAUAAAAAACAAUCCAACAUCUGGAUGGCAACCAAUUCCUUCUGUCACUAGACUCAAAGAGGCAGGUGUAAAAUUCGUGAAAGUUGCACCACAUAGCAUCCUGGAUAUCAAAUUUAGAGACGGUUCCCUCGAAAUUCCAUCAUUGCUAAUCCAAGAGACGACCGAAACAAUCUUAAGGAACCUGAUCGCGUACGAGCAAUGUUUGCCAAAUUGUCCACCUAUUUUCACUUGCUACGCCAAGCUCUUGGAUAACCUCAUCGACACCACUAAUGACAUGGAAAUACUAUGCAAGAGGGAAAUUUUGGAUAACUGGUUGAGUCCUGAAGAUUCAACCCAAUUUUUCAAUAAGCUUUACAAUGACACUUAUAUCAAGGAAUUCUUUUAUUCUCAACUUUGUGAUGACCUGAAUCGUCAUUGCAAAUGGUGGUGGCCUAGAUGGCGUGCUUACUAUGUACAAAACUAUUUCACCAAGCCCUGGGCUAUUGCUGCUCAAAUUUAUGCUGUUAUCAUGUUUUUCCUCACGGUGUGGCAAACCUACAUCCCAAAAGGUUGAUUUAUAGUCCCUUCAUUU